GCUCUCCCUCGCCGUGCUGGUCUCCCGGGAUGGGCCUGCGGGAGCUGUCGCUCUGGCUGCUGGCGGCGGCGGGGCUGGUGCGCGAGUCCCUGCAAGGAGAGUUCCAAAGGAAGCUUUAUAAGGAACUGCUGAAAAAUUACAACCCUCUGGAGCGACCAGUUGCAAAUGACUCACAGCCACUCACUGUCUAUUUCACCCUCAGCCUCAUGCAGAUCAUGGAUGUGGAUGAAAAAAAUCAAGUAUUAACAACAAACAUCUGGCUACAAAUGUACUGGACAGAUCAUUAUCUACAGUGGAAUGUGUCUGAAUACCCAGGAGUGAAGAAUGUCCGUUUUCCUGAUGGACUGAUUUGGAAGCCAGAUAUUCUUCUCUAUAACAGUGCUGAUGAAAGAUUUGAUGCUACAUUUCACACUAAUGUUUUAGUCAAUUCUUCAGGACACUGCCAAUAUCUGCCACCAGGAAUAUUUAAAAGCUCAUGCUACAUAGAUGUGCGCUGGUUUCCAUUUGAUGUUCAGAAAUGUAACCUGAAGUUUGGAUCUUGGACUUACGGAGGCUGGUCCCUGGACUUACAAAUGCAAGAAGCAGAUAUAUCUGGCUAUAUUUCAAAUGGAGAGUGGGAUUUAGUAGGAGUUCCUGGGAAGAGAACUGAGAGUUUUUAUGAGUGUUGUAAAGAACCCUACCCAGAUGUAACAUUCACAGUAACUAUGAGACGUAGGACUCUCUACUACGGACUCAAUCUUCUUAUUCCUUGUGUUCUGAUAUCUGCACUUGCUUUGUUAGUUUUUCUGCUUCCAGCAGACUCGGGAGAAAAAAUCUCACUAGGUAUAACAGUUUUGUUGUCUCUCACUGUCUUCAUGUUACUUGUGGCUGAAAUUAUGCCAGCAACAUCUGAUUCCGUGCCCCUGAUCGCUCAGUAUUUUGCCAGCACUAUGAUUAUUGUCGGUCUUUCUGUUGUUGUCACCGUUAUUGUUCUACAAUACCAUCACCAUGAUCCUGAUGGGGGGAAAAUGCCUAAAUGGACAAGAAUCAUCCUCCUCAACUGGUGUGCUUGGUUUCUGAGGAUGAAAAGACCAGGGGAAGAUAAAGUGCGUCCUGCCUGUCAACACAAACAGCGUCGAUGUAGCCUGUCAAGUGUGGAGAUGAACACUGUGAGUGGACAGCAAUCCAGUAAUGGCAAUAUGCUAUACAUUGGGUUUAGGGGGCUGGAAGGGGUUCACUGCACACCUACUACUGAUUCAGGGGUGAUCUGUGGGAGGAUGACCUGCUCACCAACAGAUGAAGAAAACCUGCUGCACAGUGGCCACCCCUCUGAAGGUGACCCAGAUUUGGCUAAGAUCUUGGAAGAGGUCAGGUACAUUGCAAAUCGAUUCAGAGACCAGGAUGAAGAGGAAGCCAUUUGCAAUGAAUGGAAGUUCGCAGCCUCUGUAGUGGAUCGUCUCUGCUUGAUGGCUUUCUCAGUCUUCACAAUCAUUUGUACAAUUGGUAUUUUAAUGUCAGCACCAAACUUUGUAGAGGCUGUGUCUAAAGAUUUUGCUUAACCCCUAACUGCAAUGUUUUUCUCUUAAGUAUGAUAUGUAGCAAAUAUGAGUGUGUUUUUGUUUGAUCGCUUGUUUUUAAUAAGUAUUCUUCUCAUUGACUACUCUCUUUUGCCCCCCUCUCUGGUCCCAAGUUCCUUUUGGGAUAAUGGCUCCAUUUCAGAAGGGAAGCUGAGGAUUUCUCGCUGGGGUGCCUGUGUGCAGCUCUCUGAGCACUCUCCACAGGAGAUGUGAAGUGGCUAUGAGUCCCUUCAGAAUGACAAUUUUGCACCCCUGUCUCUUAGACAUUUUUGACCUGGCUAUUACAAAAUAACAGGUAGGCAAUACCAGCAAUGUCACUUCUUCCAGGCUUUGUUGUAAAAGACAAAAGUCAUCUAUCUUAACUAUUUGAAUGAUCUUAAACACUUACGUUUAGAAGAGGGUUUAAUCCAAGUAGAUGAAAGCUCAAACAUCAGACAGAAAAGGGAGGAGGAGUUUGCUUUUCAGUUACUGCUUCACACUGAAUCAUGGUAUGUAUCUCUCCAGCUCACUCAUAACCAGUCAGAACCAUAACUCCAUGCAUUUUAGAGCAUAUGUGACUUUACAGGUUAUAAAUUUGUCUGAGACACCAAAAACCUGAAAGUUAAGGUUUCCACCACAUAACAUCCUUCUGUAUCUUUCUGGAUUUGACCUAGUUUAUCUUGAAUUCUUAAAACAGGCUUUACAGUAAUUUUUUGCAGUAUUUACUGCUGCUUUCUUCUCCCCAGAAUGUUAGUCUUUCAACUGAUGACAUUGUUAACUAUCAAAAAGAAAAUGAAGGAUUUAUGAUGCCUUUAUCUUCACUUGGAAAAAAAAACCCCAAAAUUACCGCCCCAACUUUUCACUUCACUGUUCUCCAGACUCCAGUGUGGAAAAAGUAUCUCAGUGUCUUGUACAGGCUUAAACACAAAUAAGGAAUCUCAAGCAAAAAGAAGCCCUUAAAUUCUGAGAUCAAGGUUUUAAUUUAAAAUUUAAAUGUUUUCUCUGUUGUAUGCUUAGCCUUUUAUAGACAUUGUUCUUUUGAGUCACCAUAAUAUGUCUUUGCAAGAAAACUGUACCUUUUCUGCUCAGUUUAUCAGCCAAAGAGCAUUACUGAAUAAUAAAGCUUUCUGGGGUCUGAUAUCAACUAUGAACUGUAUAAAGAUAUAUUUAUGCAUACACACUGCAUAUAUGUCCAAGGAAAAGUUCAGCCAUAAACACAAAUUCUCUUAAAUCUAGAGAGAUAUUAGCAGAGACAAAACCAGUUAUGUUAUUUCUGGUUCUGAAAUUCUCCCAUCAAAAGAUGCUUAGUUUUCAUCUGACUUCGAUGUUUUAAUGAAAAGGUCUAAGCUGAGAACACCAGGACCCAAAUCUUCCAAGUGUGCAAAAUAGCUGAGAAUUAGUCUUUUGCUGGCACACCAUUACUCCUGAGCAGUGAUAAAAGUGGCAAAAGAUGUGGGGCAGGAUUACUUCUGCAUUGAUUACUUGUUUUAUCCUGUAGCAUCUGCACUUUUUGGCCAAGGUCUUCAGAGAUACAAAUGGAGGCCUGUUCUUAUAUCACGUUUUUACUGUGAAAUAAACACAAGGCCUUAGUUCAUCUCUUAAACUAGAUUAAAAUAAAGUGACUGAAAUGUUUAUUCUCCCUAGGUAACAAUUUCCUUUUCAGAGUCUACUCCCUUGAAGGCAGGAGAAUGAAAUUUCAUGUAAACUAAGGCCAAAGACACCACAGGUAGAGUCUAUCACCUGAGUGAACACCUUGCUCAAGCACCUCCAUGCCAGAGAAAAGGGCAGGAGGAGUGAAAGAAAGGGAGGAUAUUUCUCACAGUUUGUGAAUUCUGUCUUCCCGAAGGUUCAUUCAGAAUGUCACACUGCAAAGACAUGAGCAAAGAAUUUAAAUGCUCCUUGAAAGCUCGUCUUAAAACACUGUCAGUUAUCUGUGAAGAAUUUCUAUUUUCAGGAACAAUUAUUAACCAUUAGCCACGCAGUAAUUGCUGCAAAUAGUUUCUAGUUUGUAGAAUGCAUAUGAAUAGGAAAUUAUGAGUCCAAAAUAUGAAAUGUGAGUUUUGUUCAUUUGUGAAUAACUACACAUAUUCUGUGGCAUGUGCUGCUCUUCUGAGUAAUGUUUCUAGACUAGGCUUCCUGAUGCAAAUAUUGAUUUGCAUUGGUACUUUUUCCUUCUGCAAGUAUCCCUAAGUAGCUAUGUAGAGCGUUCCAUUUAGUGUUUGUAAAGUUUUGGGGCCUUCCUGGAGAAGAUUUUUUCAUGAAGAAAUGAAAACCUUUGGGGACUACCUUGAACGAUGGGACACAACUACUGCAAUCAUAUUAUAUGAUGCACGUUAUAUAGGGAGCAUGAGAGUACCCUUCUUCUCCACCAGCAUCCAUUCACAGUCUCUGUAGAAGUCAUCUUGCUAAAUACAGGAGUUCUUUACAAAAGAAGUGGAAAGCAAUUUACAAUUUGACAGUUUGUUAUCAGUGGCAGACAUGACUAUGCUUAAAAACUGGAGACUGGUAUUUGGUUUUUACUGAAGUCUUGUCCAAGUCUGUAACCCAGAGUUUAUAAUACAAUCAGCGAAUACCAGGUGUUAGACAAAGUAACUGUAAGACACCAGCAUCAUGCCAACACUACUGCCUUUAUUGUUGGCGGGAUUAAUGCAAAUGCACCAAGGGGACAAGCGAAUCUUCAUUUU